AUGAAUUCUUGGGCAGCUGGAAUGAGUACUACUCAACUAAGUGAAUCAUUCAAUGCAUUUUUGAAGGAUUAUCUCAAUUGUGAUCAUAACUUGAUGGAAUUUUUCAUGCAUUUUGAGAGGGUGCUCUAUGACAAGAGGUAUAAAGAAUUGGAAGCCGAGUAUAAUUUGUCCCAAAAAUUGCCAAGGGUUUCCAUUCCAACUGUGAUGUUAAAGCAAAUGGCAGAUAUUUACACGAAAACAAUUUUUGAGGAAUUCCAAAAUGAGUACGUGCAGUCCAUUGAAGCGUCUAUUGUAGGCACUAUUCAUGAUGGUGAGAGUACCAUAUUCAUCAUUCAAACGGACGUAGAUGGAAAAAAAGAUAAGAAUGUGACAAUGGAUAAAGAUGGUUUUUUAAGUUGUAGUUGCAAGAAGUUUGAAGUGAAGGGCAUAGUGUGUCGACAUUUUUUAAAGGUGCUUAGAGAGAUAAUCAAUGCAAAGGACCUUCCUGCACAAUACAUACUCAAACGAUGGACUAAAAAAGCAAGGGCUGAAAGUGUGAAAGAUAGGCGCGGGUAUGAUGUGAAGGCUGAUGUGAAACUACAUCAAAGCGAUCGAUAUAGGUCAUUGAUGAAUAUGUUUAGAGCAAUAGCAAGUAGAGCCGCCAAAAGUGAAGAAACUUAUCAUUUGUCACUUGUAAAAUGUGAAGAACUGAGUGUCAUGGUUGAAGACAAAUUAAGUGUGCACACUUGUGGUCAAGUGGAGAUCAUCGAAUUGAGAAAUUCCUCAGCUAACACAUGCCCACAGAGUAAAGAAGUAGAUUGUCCAAUCCAAGACAAGGGACUCAAGAAAAGACAAGCAACUAGUAAGGGAAGAAGGAAGAUCAAGGGCGGGAUGGAAAAAUCCAUUGCAAAGAAGAAAAGAAUGCAAUCUAAUUAG